CUCUUUCCUUUCACUUUCAUUUUCAUUCUUCUCUUCGCCACACUCCUCCUUUUCUCAAUUUCUUAUUCUUUUUGUUCUCUCUCCUCUUUCACUUCAACCACCCACCAUGUGCGGCGGAGCUAUCAUCUCCGAUUACGUCGAACCAAACCCCGUUGUCGUCGACAACCUCCUUUGGCCUGACCUCGACACCACCUUCUCCGACCUCCUCGGUCUUGACCUCAUCACCCAGACCCAAAACUACCCCUUCAACAACACUACUUCUCCCAAUGUUGUCGACAAUAAUAUUCCCAAACAACUCUCUCAAGUGAAAAAAGAGAAAGUAGAAGGGAAUGAAGUAGGAAGAGGUGAAAUGAAGAAGCCUCAAAAGGUUAGAAAAAGCAAAUACAGAGGGAUCAGGCAGCGUCCAUGGGGAAAAUGGGCCGCCGAGAUUCGAGACCCACGAAAGGGCCUACGUGUUUGGCUUGGCACCUACAACACUCCUGAAGAAGCUGCUCGAGCCUAUGAUCAAGCCGCCAUAAGAAUCAGAGGUAAAAAGGCCAAACUCAACUUCCCGCCCCCACUCCCAUCACCACCAUUGUUAUCAGUACCGUUAUCUCUACCACCCUCACCGCCACAACAACAGCUCCCGACCACCUCCACCCCCAUUGAUGUCGAACUCAAACACCAAAUCUCAACCUUGGAAUCAUUCCUCGGUCUCGACCCCUCGCCACCAGUCGAACCCACAGCAGACCUUUGGUGGGUUGAUGACCUUCUCGCAUGUCAACAACAAAACCUCCAACUCUAAUUUCAAAUACCCAAAAUAAAACAUUAAUACUUACCUCAUCAUCUUUACAAGUAAGUAAGAAUCUUUUAUUAACACCGUUAAAAAUUUGAUAAGUUGAAAUUUGAACAGGUGCAAUCAGUUUGAAGAUUUUUACUUAUAAUCAUUUAGUAGGAGGUAAGUAUAUUGUUUAGUCUUUUUUUAAAUCCCAACUUUUGUUAAUAUAUAAGGAAGAGAUUUAGUUCUUCCUUUGAAGUUGGGUUUUGGGUCUAUAUUUUGGUUUAAUUAUAAUAUAGUAAAGUGUGUUUAUCACCUUUGUGUAUUGUGGAAUCAUACAAAAGUUUAUAUAAAUAAUGUUUAAGCAUUUUGGGUA